GGCCUCAUCGUGUACCGAUAUACCAGGAAAGCGUGCACACAGGAGAAUGCAAAGCGAUUCCGAUUUAAAUAAUAAAACGCUACUCUAAACGUCUCCCACAGCCUCACGGGAACGGUAUACGCGUAUAGAAAAGACAAAUAAAGAUCUUCCUAUAGCGGAUGGUGGGAUUCCUUUUAUAUCGGUCGCGUAACGUUGUCCUUGUCCAAAGUUAACGCAACCAGGGAAACGAGACGAAUAUAUAGUAAAUUAGGGGAAACAUUGAUAAAACGGGAUACUGUCGGCAGGUAUCAAAUCGUACACUCUUUGCAAAAAUAAUUCAAGAUAAAACGAAGAUAAUACAUCGAAAAGGAAAUGAGUAAUGAAAGUAUAGCUCUGAAAGAAGUAUUUGAUGAGAAACCAUUGGACAGAGUAUAGUAUUUAACAUUGCAAACUGUAUUUUAUAAUAUAAUAUAUUACAAUAUUACUAAUACUAGAUAUGUAGAAAUCACUGGUUAGUGAUCUCUAUAGGUCGUAACUCCCUCGCAAUUCACUCGCAACUGUCUCGCUACUCACUUGCUACUCACUCGUAACUCCCUCGCUACUGCAACUCUCAAACUUUUGUCGCAACUGACUAACGACUACCUUUUAUUCCACGGUUUUGUUCCACAGAUUUAGAUGAUUCGUGGUCAAAUACACUUUUUCCAAUUACCUAAUGUCAUAAAGGGCUACAAGUAUAUGGUCCAUCCGAAUUUCCAAUUUUUCCAUUGCUUUUCACCUGUAGUUCAUCAGAAUUUUCCCCAGGAUUUUUCCCCAAUACUACAGAUAUACAUAAGUAAAUAAAAGAUUGGUUCGUAAUGAUUAAUCAUUGUCAUUAAUUAUUAUUGUAGAAUAUUUAAAAUAAACAUAAACAUAGUAAUUUUUACGUUACACGGGAAAAAUAUUGCAAAGAUGUCAAUGUUCCUUAAUUUACGAUACGCGAAUAACACGGUACAUAUAAGAUGAACGGUGUAUACUGUAAAUGAAAAUUACUGCGACAUAGUUAGAAAUUUGUUAUGGAAAAUUACAAAUUUAUUACAGUAGUUGUACACACAGGUCCUAAAGUCCUAACGACAGUAAAGCGCGUUAGGAUGCGCUACGCAGAUAUUUUUGAUUGUGACUUUAUCCAUUAUUGUGAAACCGCAGGAAAUAAUCGUGACCCGAUGAAUAUAAACUUUCUACGAAUGAGCAACAUGGCAGCAAAGAGGCGUUAGGAUGAUACUAGAAAUAAAAACGGUCGAUUACGCAAGUUUGGUGUCAUCGAUGUGUCUUUCGAUGUUUUGAUUCACGAUCGUUUUUUAAUGUGCGACGUCGAAUCAACAAAUGCCGCGGAUAUGCUUCGAUUGGUAUCGAUAUAGAGAUCCUGAAUGGAACCACGAUGACACUAAUGAAGACUGGUUGAAAUGUCAUGUGCUGUUUUAUACGCACAACCGAGGAAGUUCACCGUGUCGUUUUCCUAAUUCAGUGCUUAGUGCUUGGUAUCGUGUUCGAAAGGAACCCACGCAUAAUUUUCGCCCAUUACAAAAAAGUUUUGCGCCAGGCAUCGAAACAUUAUUAUCUACUCCUCUGAAUAUUAUAUCGCGUCGUUUAUCAUGUUUCGUUGUGACGUAAACAAUGUUCCAGUUUUUUAAAAAACCUGGACAAAAAGACAGACCCAGAUCUUUCCAAACUUCUCCCACAAAAUCAACAAGCUCUGGGAAAUCAUACGGGGAUGUAUUCAAUAGUGGCUCUUCGAUUCAAACAUCAACAGAUGCAUUGUGCAGCCUUGAGGAGGAAGAGGAGGAUGAAAUUCUGAAUGGCGAAACAGAAGAAAUAUGUUCCUUCAACUCUCAGCUUUCUAAGACACUUCCACAGAUACUUGCAGACAAAGGUGCUCUAGGCUAUUUCAUUCAGUUUAUGGAAACACAGAAUUGUAUAGCACUUAUUAAGUUUUGGCUGGAAGUCGAAUGCCUGUGCAGUUCGUAUAAUGUAUUAGAAAAUACGACGGAGAAUAUCGAAUGCUUAAAUUGUGUAAAGAAUACAAAUAGUAUUUCUAAUUCGAUAGACAACAAUGAAAAUUUCCAAUGUGAUGUGGCACAGAAUAAUGUAAAUAGUCAUGAAAGUAAGAAACUACUAUUCGACGAAUAUGUAAAUAGUAAUGAUGUGAAAUCAAAUUGCAACGACAUGCCAAAGACUAGUCAAACCAUAAGCAAAAUGCGACAAUCAAAUCACAACUGCAGAAGAAGAAAUAUGACUACCAUUAGGCAAGAUGUGUUAAGAAUUCAUAAAAGGUAUAUUACUAAGGAUACUUUGGGUACGAAUCAAAUCCCCGAAGACCUGAAAAUAAAAAUGGAGAAAGUUCUUACCUGUGAAAACAUUGAGCCUAUGCUGCAGUGCCUAUCAGCUGUUCAAAAGAUUGUAUAUCAAAUAUUAGAAAAUGAACACAUUAAUGACUUUUUACGAAGUGAAUUUCACUGCAAACAUCAGAUUGAUGUUCUUACAAGUGGCAAUGUACAGUUAGCAGAUAUAUUGUACAAUGAAACAGCAUUCUUUUAUUUUAUGGAGUUUAUGGAACUUGAGAAUAAACGUGAAUUAUUAGACUUUUGGAUGUCAGUCAUGAGCUAUAAACAAAAUUUAUUAGAAAAAAAGGAUGCUGCAGAUCCUGAGGAAGCACAAACUGAUGCUCUAAUUAUUUAUGACAAGUAUUUUAGCUUACAAGCAACGAUGCCCCUUGGUUUCAGCGAUAGAAUUCGUUUCCAAGUCGAACAGAACAUUUGUCGCGAAGAUGGAGAAGGGCCACAACCCGAUUGUUUUGAUAAACCUUGUAGAAUUGUAUAUAAUAUUCUGAAUAAGUAUUAUCUACCUACCUUCUUAUCAUCUCAGUUAUAUUACAAAUACUUAUCAGAAUUAAUCAGUACUAUACAAAGCAGUCCAUGUUCGAAUUUACAUCCUAGGCUAAAAAGAGCAGGUUUGUGUUCUGAUUGUAGUAGUGAGGUCAGUUCUGUUAGUAUCAAUAUGCAGAAUACCCUGCAGGCAGGGAAUGAAGGAAAUAAAUUGAACAAUAGUAAAAAAAUUACUGGUGGUAUGAACAUUGAUACCAGACAGCUUUAUGAUCCAGAUUCCUUAUGGAAACGUAACAAAUAUAGUUUGAGCGUCGGUUAUAUUGAUUCGUUAGGCAGAUUCGUUACUGAGAUAGACCCCGACCCUCAAAGAAAAUACGAAUCUCGAUUAACACGUGCUGUAAAAAGGCUUGUAAAUAUGGAGCAGGAUAAGGCCAAAGAGGAGUUAGCAUGGAAGAUUGCUGAGAUGAUCGUUCGUGAGAUCACCUCUUUGACUCGAGGAGCUUCGAAUUUUUCAUCUUGAUGACAGACGCUAAGUUCGACAUCAAGUCAUUUCUUUUUUACGUAAUAUACUUUGCGCUUUAAGUGUUUUAAGGUAAAUAUUCUGUUUAACAUUGUGUAUGUUUUUUUAAUUUUUUAUAAAACGACAUCGCGUAUUCCAAGUGCCAAAUUGCGUAAUGAUAAACCUAAUUAUUUUACUAUUAAAUAUAGCAAUUGAAAAAGGAGUGAGUUCGUAUCCAUAAGUUUUAAUAUAUUUAUUUGCUUUUCGCAACACGUUUAGAACACACGUGUAUAGUAUCAAAUUUAUUAUAAAAUUGUCUAUAAAAGGCAAGCACAUGUAUAUUUUCUACGUUUAUAAGAAUUCUUUUCAAAAAGUAAUUUUCUAUUGCGAUAUUAUUUCACUUUAUUCACGCAUUCGUGAUAAGUUUAAUAAUUUCAGGUUUCAUAAAAAUAAUAAAAAAAUUAUUGCAGUUGAAAAAAACAGAUAAUAAUAUCACUGUAAAUAAAAUACAAAGCUCUCGUUUAUUUAAGGCAUAAUAGCAAACCGUACAAACGAAAACAAUAAUUUUCAAGUGCUUUAACUUCAUACUCUUUCUAAUGUUUAUGAGAUUAUAAAAGUAUUCGUUUCUAUUCUAAAAUAUAAUUGUAAUUUUGAGGCGACUAUAUUAGACGACUUAUAUAUAUUAUAUAAGAAUGUACAGAGCAUAUGUAUUGUUUCGCGUUCAAUAUAGCGUAUUACUUAAAUUAUUCAACUGCCAAGUAUUUCUGUAAUUCAGUACAUUUCUUAUAUCUUCUGUGAACGUAAAUGUCUCUUGUUUGCAAAAAUAUAAAAGAUGAAAAAAAUAUUUUAUACGCGAUAGGUAAACAAUUUAUGACAUAUCGUAAAGGAGUGUGAUUGGAAUGCGAUACGUAUGUCUUAAAAAUCAAUGAAUGAAAUGCAAUGUAGAUAUUAGAAAGUGAGUGGCCGUUUGACGAAAUUGUAGAUUUUUAGCAGUCGAAUUUCAAAUAAUAAUUUCAUUUAUUUCGCACAAACCUUUGCAAAUUUACUACAGAUUCUUUGAGGCGCUCUUACAUUUUAAAUGUUUAUACUUGGCGGUAUUUAUUAUAGAAUUUUUAAGUGAUUUAUACAAAGCAUUCAGUUCUUUACUCGUAGAGUCGAAAAACUUUUAUAUACGAUCAGUCUUAUUAUGUAUAGUUAGGAUUAGUCGGUAAUAUAUAGUAUUACAUAAAACUUACUUUAUUAAAAUCGAAUAUAUUUUUAGAAAAAAGUAUAAAGAAAAUGAAAAUUGCUAUACAUAAUGUACUAAGAAGAUGAGUUGGAUAAUGUGAUGAACAUAUGCAAUCCAAAACUAAUGUUCUUAAAAUGUUAGUGGAUUUUAAGUUGAACGACGCACGUUAGUUCCUCUUCCUUUAAAGAUAAAAGAAUAAUUAUUUUAAAAAUAGAUUAAUCAAUCUUGCAUAUAAAUCUUACAGUAUUUUGGCAGUUUAUACUCUUACAAUGAUUCAUAUUUUUAAGGCUAUAGAAGAUUUCGUUUUUAUAUACAGCAAGCAUUCAAGCUUUGUGCGUUAGUAUGAACGAACAAAUUUUGUAUUAGUUAUUAUAUUCUUUAUAUUCACACAGUAAUUUUGGUACUACACGUAAAUACAAUUCGUUACCGGAAAACAUAGUCUUGGUACUCUUUAUAAAAUUUAUAUGUAAAUCUCUAGAAAAAGGAGUAUUCGAUCAUUUGUUAAUAGCGAUGUACAUAAGAAUUUUUUUUAUUAAAAGGAGAGGGGUUGUUGCAGGAAUAAAAUUUGUUAAUCAAAAAAAUCAAGAUAUCUCUUUUGAAAAUUCUAUGUGUAUUAUUUUUUGUAGAUAUGUAUUCUUUAAAGGUGCUCUUUAUUAACCGUAAUAAAAACGACGAUCGGCAAAU